AUGUAUACCUCUGGACCCUGCUCGGUUCACAUCCCUAGUAUCCCGGCGGCCAUGCGUCCCCUCAGACCCCUUCUUCCUUCUGCUACACGGCCACGCAACGAGCCCCUUCCUCUAUUACCCCGCGAGCGCGUCGCAUCUGCAUGCGAUCAGUGUCGAGCCCGAAAAAUCAAAUGUAACGGCAAGAGGCCUGUGUGUCUUGAAUGCGUCAGGCGCUCAACAUCCUGCCACUAUGCCGCUCGAUCGACCGAGACACAGGGACAAGCCCUGAAGCGAAAGUACGAUGCGCUACAGUCUGAGAACGAGGCAUAUGCCGAGUUGUUCAGCCUGAUCCGUACCAGGCCAGAUAACGAAUCCUUUGAGAUUCUCCGUCGUAUCAAACUGGGUACUGACGUCCGCGAUAUCCUCAAGCAUAUCAAGGAAGCGGAUCUGCUUAUUCAACUCAACCUGAGACCGCAGAACAGGUUCAGAUACACACUUCCCUUCAUGUCUACCAUGUCUGCGCGUAUCUCUCAUCCGGAGAACUUGUACUACGCUCCAUCUCCAUCCGAGUCGCCGCCUGAGCCACUUAAUCAGGCGACCGAGGGAUCCGCUGAGCUGCAUUGA